CUUCGCUAGUCCCUCUCGUCGUCUCACCGCCCCCAAACCCCUCUCUGGCGUACGUACCUAUCUCGAUUUUCCUCUCUUCUCUCAAGAAAAUUCUUUCAAUUUACAGAAAGAUAGAGAGAAAGGGUUUGCAGCUAUGGGGAGGGAGUGCCUUCCUACGAUUGCCAUGGUGUUGGUGCAGCUAGGCUUCGCAGGGAUGAACGUGCUGUCCAAGCUGGCGUUGGACACCGGCAUGAGCCCCUACGUGCUCAUUUCCUACCGGAAUCUCAUCGCCGGCGUCUUCCUCGCUCCCCUCGCCUACUACUUCGAAAGGAGGAGUGAGAUGGUGAUCACCAAGAAAGUACUAUUGCAGAUAUUCUUUUCCUCCAUUUUCGGGGCGACGCUGAACCAGGUCCUCUACUUCGUGGGGCUCAAGACCACCACGGCGACCGUGGCGUGCGCGCUGAGCAACACACUCCCGGCGCUGACAUUCGUCAUGGCCGCCGUGCUCAAGAUGGAGACGGUGCGGCUCAGGACCUACUCCGGGUUCGCCAAGGUGUUCGGCACGGCCGUGUGCGUCGGGGGAUCCAUGGUCAUGCCCUUCUACCACGGGCCCCUGCUCAAGGUGUGGGCAUCCCCCUUGCACUGGCGCUACGCCGAGCACGCCACGAACACCGCGGCGCCCACCACCGGCAGCGCCGCCGUGGUCGGCGACGUGCUCAUCAUCCUUAGCUGCGCCGCCUGGGCCAUCUGGUUCAUCAUCCAGAGAAAGAUGUCGACGGAGGGAUACUCGGCGCCAUACACGAGCACGACGAUCAUGUCGCUGAUGGCCGGGGUGCAGUGCGCGGGCAUCAGCGCGGCCUUGGACCGGAACCUCGCGGUGUGGAAGCUCGGGCUCGACAUCAGGCUAUACUCCGUGCUCUACAUCGGGAUCGUGGGGUCGGGGAUCGCGUUCGCGGUGAUGUCGUGGUGCAUCCAGUCGCGCGGCCCGCUGUUCGUGUCCAUGUUCAGCCCGCUGAUGCUCGUCGUCGUCGCCAUCGUCGGCUGGGCCAUCCUCGAGGAGAAGAUACACCUCGGAACGGCUAUCGGGUCUGUGCUCAUCGUAGCCGGGCUGUACUUGGUGCUGUGGGGAAAGGGGAGGGAGAUGGACAGAGAGAGAGCGGACCGCCACGCCGACGAUGACGGCGCAAGCAGCAGCGGCGGCGUAGCGGAGACGACCAUGAUCGUCAUGGAACUGAACGAGAAGGUCGAUGGGAGGAACGGCGACGCCGCCAUCUUGCCGGUGUUCUGCACGACACCUCCCAACAAGCACGAAAGCGACACCACCCCCCGGAACGGCACCAAUUAACUGAUCGAUCGACACAGAGACGCAUGGAUGACGUACCCGUACAUACGUGUCAUGGUCAGUUGCACACUUGCAGGUGCGGUUGAGAGAUACACCUUUCGUACAACAAGAAGGCGCCCAACGCAACAGAAAAAAGGUGUUCCGAACAAAGGCGCUUUGAGGGAAUUAAAUGAGCGAUGGCCGGAUGGGAAACAAGAAAUGGUAGAAUUGGUAGGGUGAUUUUCCUAGUUUGGUAGACAAAAUUAAUGGAGGGUGCGACAGUGAACUGUCCAAGGCUGAUCCUAUGUCACUUUUGUUCUCUCUCUCUCGCUCUCGUUUGAAAUGAAAUGGACUAAAUAUUUAGUACGCGCGUGGAAUGAAAUGUAAAUACUACUCUGAUUUGUGAUGU